AUGUUUUUAGGAGGUAGUAGAGCUGCAUUUCGUGGUGUAAACCGCAGUAGAAGUAUGUUGACAAUUUUGACGAUUUUGGUGGUUUUCAUAGGUUUGAUGCUCGCAGGUGUACUAACGAAGCCUGCAAAAGUACAUGAAUGGCAUUCUCUGUUUGGAUCUCGGGGCUUUUUUUCCGGUCCCGGAGGCGGUGCAUCGUCAUCCCAACAUGGCAAUGAUGGUGGGUCAUCGGGGUUCAGUUACAACUACGCAGUUGCAUUUCAGGCGAAAGACCGUGUUGAUGGAGUCUACGCUGGCCUCACACAAUUGGAUUCACCCACAGGGGAGGAUAACUAUUUUGUAGGUGUCAGAAAUAGCCACGAUCUCUUCGCAGGCGUUGCGGACGGUGUUGGCGGAUGGGUCGAACAUGGGUUUGAUUCCAGUGCAAUCAGUCGUGAACUGUGCAGCUCAAUGCUUGACAUCUCCAAAAUGAAUAAACCAUUUUCUCCCAAGCAGUUGUUGGACUUGGCAUACACUAAAAUAAAGAAUGACGGUAAAGUUCAGGUCGGAGGAACCACGGCAAUUGUGGCACAUCUCACACCCAGCGGAACGCUGAAAGUAGCCAAUCUGGGUGACUCGUGGUGCGGCGUAUUCAGAAACACCAAACUGGUAUUUCAAACUAGGUUCCAAACCGUUGGGUUUAACGCCCCAUACCAAUUGGCCAUUAUUCCACAAGAAAUAGUCAAACAAGCCGCCCAAAGAGGGGGUUCCUACAUUCAAAACCAGCCCAGCGAUGCCGACGAAUACAACUUCAAAUUGCAGAAAGACGACAUAAUAGUUUUGGCCACUGACGGUGUUACCGACAACAUUGCCACAGGAGACAUGGAGUUAUUUCUCAGCAACAACGCUGGGAACGGGGAUCUGCAACAACUUACACAGAAAUUCGUUAAUCAAGUGGUCAACCUAAGCAAAGAUUCUACGUUUCCUAGCGUUUUCUCUCAGGAGAUGUCCAAGUUGUAUGGUCGCCCUUAUCUCGGAGGAAAAGAAGAUGAUAUUACUGUAGUUGUUAUAAAGGCAACCUAA